UUCUGUGUUUUUUCUCAGGCCCAAAAUAAAGAGACUGGCAUUUUGGCUGCAGCGAAGGUCAUCGAUACAAAGUCUGAAGAUGAACUUGAAGAUUACAUGGUGGAAAUCGAUAUUUUGGCAUCAUGUGAUCAUCCACACAUUGUUAAAUUACUGGAUGCUUUUUAUUUUGAAAAUAACCUUUGGAUCCUUAUUGAAUUUUGUGCAGGAGGAGCAGUAGACGCGGUCAUGCUAGAGCUAGAACGUCCAUUGACAGAACCUCAGAUCCGGGUAGUGUGUAAGCAGACAUUAGAGGCGCUGAUUUAUUUACAUGAAGCUAAAAUUAUUCACCGGGAUCUAAAGGCUGGAAACAUUCUGCUCACUCUUGAUGGUGAUGUGAAGCUGGCUGAUUUUGGAGUGUCUGCUAAGAACACUAGGACGUUACAGAGGAGAGACUCAUUCAUUGGUACCCCUUACUGGAUGGCACCAGAGGUAGUGAUGUGUGAAACUUCCAAGGAUAGACCCUAUGAUUUUAAAGCUGAUGUUUGGUCUCUUGGCGUCACCUUAAUAGAGAUGGCUCAGAUUGAGCCACCUCACCAUGAAUUAAAUCCAAUGAGAGUGUUGCUAAAGAUUGCAAAAUCUGAGCCUCCUACAUUAGCUCAACCUUCUAGAUGGUCAAAGGAUUUUAGUGACUUUUUAAGGAAAUGCUUAGAGAAAAAUAUUGAUAACCGCUGGAAUACUGCUCAGUUGCUACAGCACCCAUUUGUGUCUGUGGUUCACUCCAACAAGCCCGUACGAGAGCUGAUUGCGGAAGCCAAGGCCGAGGUUUUGGAGGAAAUGGAAGACGCUAAAGAAGAGGAGGAGGAGGAGGAGGCAGAGUCCUCUUUGCCUGUUCCAGACAGUAAACGGGCUUCUUCAGACCUUAGCAUAGCUAGCUUGGAAGAUGAUAAACUUUCCCAGAAUGCUUCAACUCUUGAACCUGUUUCUGAAAAACCUACGGCUGCUGAGGAUGAAGAUAAAUCCCUAAAUCAGGAUAACAUAUCAGAUGCUGCUAAAGUGAGAACGGAGGAAACUCCUGAUGUUCAGAAGCCCGCCACUCCAGAGGUCACCAGGAAAGAAAAUGAAAUGCCAGAUGCUGAGAAGACUGCCAUACCUGUGAAAGAGGACAAUGUAAAGGAAAAGAAUGAUGAAGUUGGUGUGGCAGUUUCUCUUUCAGGUGCUGACAGCCUACCAGAAAAGGCAGACGUGCCCUCACAUCCAGUAGUGGUUGAAGAAAAGAAAGAUCAGCCUACAACUGCAGAGUCUGAGAUCAGACCACCUGUUCCCAUAUCUGAAGAGGGAGAAAUUACGAAUGAGAAAGAAGCAGAUAAUGUAAAAUCAGACAUAAUAUGUGUGCCAAAUAAUGAGAAUGUUCCUGAAACAACAGAUCAGUUUCCUGAGGUGGAUCUUCCAGAGGAGCAGAAACCUGAACCUCAUGUUGAGGAAAAUGGUGGUACAAGAGAAGUAUCUGUUGAUGAAAUGUUUGAUCUGACAGCAAGCACUAAUGAUGAAAUUAAAGAAAUAACUGCUGUACCUAACGUUGAUGAUAUAAAAGAGGUAGUUGAAAUAGGUUCUAAAACAAAAUCUGAGACUGCCGAGGGCUCACCUGAGCAUGACAGAGGCCUAGAAAUAAAAGAAGGUCCAUCUAAUAUAAACAUUGAUUCAAAGAAUCAGGAUGACCUAAAAAUAGAAGAUGCAAAUGAAGUAAAUCAUGUAAAUGGUGAUGGCGAACUUGCACCAUCGUUCCCUAAUAAAACAGAUGACCAAACAGAAGACCCAAGCAGAGAUCCUGAUGAUGGUACAAAGGAUCUUUCAAGUGAAAAUGUAUCUUCAGCUCCACAGUCUGAUAAAGAGUCCAUCCAAAGUCUUCCUCAGGAUGAUGCUGUGAAUUCCAAUGAUAAUGCUGUUGCCCCAGUGGAUGAUUCCCAAGUUGGUGUACCUAGUAUUAGUGUCAUUGCUGCUGAAGAAGAAAAGAAAGAAAAAACAGAAGAGUCUCAGUCAAGAGAAGCAGAAAAUCAAAAGGAAAUUGAUUCUGAUUCUGGAAUGGGAUCAACUGCUGAUAGCGGCAGCAUGGACUUGAAUUUGUCUAUAUCAAGUUUCUUAACUAAGAGUAAAGAAUCAGGGUCAAUAUCUAUACAGGAUACAAAAAGACAGAAGAAAACUCUGAAGAAGACUAGAAAGUUCAUUGUUGAUGGAGUAGAAGUGAGUGUCACAACCUCCAAGAUUGUGACUGAUAAUGACUCCAAGAGCGAGGAGAUGAGAUUCCUCAGGCGACAAGAACUGCGGGAGCUUCGGCUGUUACAGAAAGAAGAACAGAGAGCACAACAAAUCCUUAGUAAUAAAUUGUUGCAACAGAGAGAACAGAUCUUCCGACGUUUUGAACAGGAAAUGACGGGCAAGAAGCGUCAGUAUGAUCAGGACAUAGAGAACCUGGAGAAACAGCAGAAACAGACUAUAGAACGGCUUGAGCAAGAACACACCACUCGUCUAAGAGAUGAAGCAAAACGAAUCAAGGGAGAACAGGAAAGAGAGUUCUCCAAAUUCCAAAGUGUACUGAAAAAUAAAAAGAAAGAGGAACAAGAGUUUGUAAUGAAGCAGCAACAGGAGUUGGAUGGAUCCCUGAAGAAGAUUAUUCACCACCCAGCAGAAGAUGGAGCUGGCCAACAUAGAGCGAGAGUGCUUGAAUCAUAAGCAGCAGCUCCUGAGAGCACGGGAAGCUGCAAUUUGGGAGCUUGAAGAACGUCAUCUGCAAGAAAAGCACCAGCUGCUGAAACAGCAACUAAAGGAUCAGUAUUUCAUGCAGAGACACCAACUACUGAAAAGACACGAGAAGGAAAUGGAGCAAAUGCAAAGAUAUAACCAGCGACUAAUAGAAGAACUAAAAAAUAAGCAAACUCAGGAGAGGGCACGGCUGCCAAAAAUUCAACGAAGUGAUGCCAAGACUCGUAUGGCUAUGUUUAAGAAAAGUCUGAGGAUUAAUUCAUCUGGAUCUCCAGAGCAGGACAGGGAGAAGAUUAAACAGUUUGCCGUCCAAGAAGACAAGCGACAAAAGAACGAGAGAUUGGCUCAACACCAGAAACAUGAAAACCAAAUGCGAGAUUUGCAGCUUCAAUGUGAUGCCAACAUCCGGGAGCUGCAACAGCUACAGAAUGAAAAAUGCCACCUAUUAAUAGAACAUGAAACACAAAAGCUGAAGGAAUUAGAUGAAGAACAUGCCCAAGAACUGAAAGACUGGAGGGAAAAACUAAGACCACGGAAAAAGGCACUUGAAGAAGAGUUUGCAAGAAAACUUCAAGAGCAAGAAAUGUUUUUUAAAAUGUCCGGAGAGUCGGAAUGCCUUAACCCUACAACACAGAGCCGGAUUUCUAAAUUCUAUCCUAUCCCAAGCAUGCAUUCUACUGGCUCUUAA